CCAUCGCAAGCACAGCGAGCUUUCAUGUAAUGAAAUUAAAUUGCGAUCGGUUCGCAUGUUCCAUUACUUUGUAAAUAUUUAAGUGGUGUUUUUGUGUGAUAAAUCAAGGACAUAUCCACUCAAGCGAAAUGGAAGAGACUGAAGUGGUGGGACUUUCAAGAUUGAAGGAAUCGGUCGCUCCUUCAGAAGCAGAUAAAACGCCAGACACACGUUCGUCCUUAGAAUAUUAUCCGUUUGCGAUGGUUUUUCGCUUAAGAGUAUUACAGAUCGUCUGUGGCAUCUCGUUUUUAGUCAUAGGAACUGUAGCUUUUAUUGAAGAGAAAGGGAAGAUGAAUCUGGGAUUGGGGAUUCCCGCAGGAGGAGCGACGAUACUAGCUGCAGCUGCUAGUAUCCACACCACCAAGGGCUUCAGCGGCUACCGCUCCUCGUCGUGCAUGCCCGGCUCGCACUUCCGCUUCCUCGGCCCUUCUGUCAAAAUCGCCAUCCCUUUGACGAUUCUGUGGGCCACCGCUUGCUCCUUCCUUGCCAUCCUCAUGCUCAAAUCGACAAAAAUCCUCACCUGCUACCAAGACAAUAUCUGCAUUAACGAAGUUAAUUUUGAAUUUGAAGAAGAAAACGAUCUUCUUGUCUUAGCUUCGGUGGAGUUACUAUUAGCAGUUGUUACUUUUCUGGCCGUUUUUAUGCUAUUGAGGAUUGACUGUAAAUACGAUCCUGACUGAUCGGCGCCUCCUCCCGAUCCCCAGGGGGCUGGCGUUGGGGUCAGCGUCAUCGGGGGCGUCGGGGGGUUCUCCAUGCCUGCCACGACCACCACCACCACCUGCGAGAGGGUGGGGAGGAUAGCGUGGGUGGUGUAAAACUUAUUAUAAACACUUGUUUUCUAUUUAUUCUACUUGAACCAAUAAUAGCGUUUUACACGCGUCACACUUUCAUCAUAAUCACGCUGUAUACAAUUCGCUAACUCACCCAAUUAUUAAUUAGUACUUAUCUCACUUACAAAUUAUUGAAACACUCUGUAUUCUUACAAAAAUAAAUUUUGGGUUAUUUUUGUAUAAGACAAAUUUCUACCAUCAAAAUAAUAAAUGUUAGUUUGUAGUAAAUGGAUUGUAUUUUCUAGUUUUCUUGUAAUGUUAGAGUUGGCUGUGAUUUUUGUUUUAAGAUUGGCAACUCUCUCAUAAUAAGAUUGCUAACUAUUUUACAAUAACAUAAUAAGUCGUAUUUUGUUACAAACUUGUUUUCAAAUCGUUAUAUUUCAAUUGCCUUAAACGGGGUGAUUCUAAAAUAAAAAGUUUGGAAUGUUUUACGUGAAACACCCUGUAUACGUAGUUGGUACAUUGAUGUUGUUAUAAACACUCUUUUAUGUAAAAAUUAUUGUAAU